CGGCAGCAACCUCCUCUCGUGUUCUCGUGUUGGUAUUGUUACGUACGUGAAACGCAUAUUUAUUUGUAACUUUUUGGAGAUCUCGAGAGCAGGUUCACGUUUAAAAAUCUAAACCGUAAACCAAUGCUCACGGUGGCCAAAUAAAGAGGCAGAGUGAACUGAACUCUGAACAUUUAGCGUCGGCAGGUCGAGGCUGAGAGCAGCGGCACCAUGGCGGACGUUACCGCUCGGAGCCUGCAGUACGAGUACAAAGCGAACUCCAACUUGGUGUUGCAAGCUGAUCGCUCACUGAUCGACCGCACGCGGAGAGAUGAGCCGACCGGAGAGGUGUUGUCCCUGGUGGGGAAGCUGGAGGGGACCAAGAUGGGAGACAAGGCUCAGAGGACCAAACCACAGAAACUGGAAGAGAGACGAGACAAGAGACGAAAAAGAGAUGAAGACAGACACGAUAUCAAUAAAAUGAAGGGGUUUACCCUUCUGUCUGAAGGUAUCGAUGAAAUGGUGGGCAUUGUGUAUAAACCCAAAACCAAAGAAACCAGAGAGACGUAUGAAGUCUUGCUGAGCUUCAUCCACGCCGCUUUAGGAGAUCAGCCACGUGAUAUUCUCUGUGGAGCAGCUGAUGAAGUAUUAGCUGUGCUGAAGAAUGACAAAAUGAGGGAUAAAGAAAGACGCCGCGAAGUUGAGCAGCUUCUUGGACCCUCUGAUGACACACGCUAUCAUGUGUUGGUCAAUCUGGGCAAGAAGAUCUCAGACUAUGGAGGAGACAAAGACCUGCAGAACAUGGAUGACAACAUUGAUGAAACAUAUGGUGUAAAUGUGCAGUUUGAAUCUGAUGAAGAGGAAGGGGAUGAAGACCAGUUUGGGGAAGUACGAGAUGAACACUCAGAUGAAGACAGUGAAGGAGAGGAAGCUGUUGGGACCACUACACUUUCAGCUAAUCUUGGGGAAACAGGUGAUGUGAUGACUGUGAAGAAAAAAGAUUUACAUCCUCGAGACAUUGAUGCCUUUUGGCUUCAGCGUCAACUCAGCCGUUUCUAUGACGAUGCCAUCGUCUCGCAAAAGAAAGCAGAUGAGGUCUUGGAAAUCCUCAAGACUGCCAGUGACGACAGAGAGUGUGAGAAUCAGCUGGUGCUGCUGUUGGGCUUCAACACCUUUGAUUUCAUUAAAGUUCUCCGUCAGCACCGUCGCAUGAUCCAGUAUUGCACCAUGCUGGCAAGCGCUCAGAGUGAAGCAGAAAAAGAACGAAUCAUCGGAAAGAUGGAGUCUGACCAGGAGCUGUCAAAGAUCCUCUACCAGCUGCAGGAGACAGAGAAGGAGGACAUUAUUCGAGAAGAGCGAUCUCGCAGGGAGAGGUUGAGGAAGUCUCGUGUUGAUGACAUGGAAGCCAUGGACAUUGACCAUGGAGAGUCAUUGGCCCCUCGACAGCUUUUGGACCUGGAUGACAUAACCUUCACUCAAGGGAGCCAUUUCAUGGCUAACAAACGUUGUCAGCUUCCAGACGGCUCUUUUCGCAAACAGCGCAAAGGUUAUGAGGAAGUGCAUGUGCCUGCUCUAAAACCCAAACCUUUUGGUGAUGAUGAGGUACUCGUCUCCAUUGACAAGUUGCCCAAGUAUGCACAGGCCGGAUUUGAAGGCUUCAAAACUCUAAAUCGCAUCCAGAGUAAACUGUACAAGACCACUCUGGAGACAGAUGAAAACCUGCUUGUGUGCGCCCCUACGGGAGCUGGUAAGACCAAUGUUGCCUUAAUGGCAAUGCUGAGGGAAAUUGGGAAGCACAUAAACAUGGACGGUACCAUCAAUGUGGAUGACUUCAAAAUCAUCUACAUUGCACCCAUGCGCUCACUUGUACAAGAGAUGGUGGGAAGUUUUAGCAAGAGACUGGCAAGUUAUGGCAUCACCGUGUCUGAGCUAACGGGAGACCAUCAGCUCUGUAAAGAGGAGAUCAACGCCACCCAGAUUAUCGUCUGCACCCCAGAGAAAUGGGACAUCAUCACUCGGAAGGGCGGAGAGCGUACUUACACCCAGCUAGUGCGCCUCAUCAUCAUCGAUGAAAUCCACUUGCUGCACGAUGACCGUGGACCUGUGCUGGAGUCUCUGGUCGCAAGAACCAUCCGUAACGUGGAGCUGACCCAGGAGGACGUGCGUCUGUUGGGGCUCAGCGCCACACUGCCCAACUAUGAAGAUGUAGCUACCUGCCUGCGUGUUGAUCCUGCAAAGGGACUCUUCUACUUUGACAACAGUUUCCGUCCCGUACCGCUGGAGCAAACUUAUGUUGGCAUCACAGAGAAGAAAGCUAUCAAAAGAUUUCAGAUCAUGAAUGAGAUUGUCUAUGAAAAGAUAAUGGAGCAUGCUGGGAAGAACCAGGUGCUGGUGUUUGUCCACUCCAGGAAGGAGACAGGAAAGACGGCCAGGGCCAUAAGGGACAUGUGCUUGGAGAAGGAUACUCUAGGCCUUUUCCUCAGAGAGGGUUCUGCAUCCACUGAAGUGUUGAGAACUGAGGCGGAGCAGUGCAAAAACCUCGAGCUGAAGGAUUUGCUUCCUUAUGGAUUUGCAAUCCACCACGCCGGUAUGACCAGGGUGGACCGUACACUGGUGGAGGAUUUGUUUGCUGAUAGGCACAUUCAGGUCCUGGUGUCGACAGCCACUCUGGCUUGGGGUGUCAACUUGCCAGCACACACUGUCAUCAUCAAAGGAACCCAGGUUUACAGCCCAGAGAAAGGCAGGUGGACAGAGCUGGGAGCCCUGGACAUUUUACAGAUGCUUGGUCGCGCCGGCCGUCCCCAGUACGACACCAAAGGAGAGGGAAUCCUGAUCACGUCUCAUGGAGAGCUGCAGUAUUACCUGUCCUUGCUCAACCAGCAGCUGCCCAUAGAGAGUCAGAUGGUGGGCAAGCUACCUGACAUGCUCAACGCAGAGAUAGUACUGGGCAAUGUACAGAAUGUGAAGGAUGCUGUGAACUGGCUAGGCUACACAUACUUGUAUGUCCGCAUGCUCCGAAAUCCCACCCUGUACGGCAUUUCUGUGGAUGACCGGACUACAGAUCCCCUUCUGGAGAGGCGCAGGAUGGAUCUGGUGCACACAGCAGCAAACGUCCUGGACAAGAACAACCUUGUCAAAUACGACAAGAGGACAGGCAGCUUCCAGGUUACAGAUCUGGGUCGGAUUGCCAGUCACUUUUACAUCACACACGACUCGAUUCAGACCUACAAUCAGCUGCUGAAGCCCACUCUCAGUGAGAUUGAACUGUUCAGAGUGUUCUCACUCUCCUCAGAGUUCAGGAACAUCAACGUCAGAGAGGAGGAGAAACUGGAACUUCAGAAGCUGCUGGAAAGAGUUCCUAUUCCUGUGAAGGAAAGCAUUGAGGAGCCCAGCGCAAAGAUUAAUGUGCUGCUCCAGGCAUUUAUCUCGCAGCUCAAACUUGAAGGCUUUGCUCUCAUGGCAGACAUGGUGUACGUUACUCAGAGUGCUGGACGGUUAAUGCGGGCCAUAUUUGAAAUCGUGCUGAACCGGGGCUGGGCUCAGCUCACAGAUAAGACCAUGAAUCUGUGCAAGAUGAUUGACAAGAGAAUGUGGCAGUCGAUGUCUCCUCUGCGGCAGUUCAAGAAGCUGCCGGAGGAAGUGAUCAAGAAGAUUGAGAAGAAGAACUUCCCCUUUGAGCGGCUCUAUGAUCUUAACCACAAUGAGAUUGGUGAGCUGAUACGAAUGCCAAAGAUGGGGAAGACCAUCCACAAAUAUGUCCACCAGUUCCCCAGACUGGACCUGGCUGUCCACUUGCAACCCAUCACUCGCUCCACGCUGAAAGUGGAACUCACCAUCACACCUGAUUUCCAGUGGGAUGACAAGAUUCAUGCGUCUUCUGAAGCUUUCUGGAUCCUGGUUGAGGACGUGGACAGUGAGGUCAUCCUGCAUCAUGAGUAUUUCCUCCUCAAAGCCAAGUACGCCCAGGACGAGCACCUCGUGACUUUCUUCGUCCCCGUGUUCGAGCCUCUGCCUCCGCAGUACUUCAUCCGUGUGGUCUCAGACCGAUGGCUGUCCUGUGAGACUCAGCUCCCAGUAUCGUUCCGUCAUCUCAUCCUCCCAGAGAAGUACCCUCCGCCAACCGAGCUGCUGGACUUGCAGCCGCUGCCUGUCACAGCUCUCAGGAACUCUGCCUUUGAGGCUCUCUACCAGAACAAGUUCCCCUUCUUCAACCCCAUUCAGACACAAGUCUUCAAUGCUGUGUACAACAGUGAUGAUAAUGUGUUUGUGGGAGCUCCCACCGGCAGUGGAAAGACCAUUUGUGCAGAGUUCGCCAUCCUAAGAAUGCUGCUACAUAACGCAGAAGGUCGCUGCGUCUACAUCACUCCUAUGGAAGCUCUGGCUGAGCAGGUGUUUGUCGACUGGCAUCAGAAGUUCCAGGACCUGCUGAACAAGAAGGUGGUGCUGCUGACCGGGGAGACCAGCACAGAUCUGAAGCUCUUGGGAAAAGGCGACAUCAUUGUCAGCACCCCCGACAAAUGGGACAUCUUGUCACGUCGCUGGAAACAGAGGAAGAACGUCCAGAACGUCAGCCUUUUCAUUGUGGAUGAGACACACCUCAUUGGAGGAGAAAAUGGACCUGUGUUGGAGGUCAUCUGCUCCAGGAUGAGAUACAUCUCCUCUCAGAUUGAGCGCCCCAUUCGUAUCGUGGCCCUCAGCUCAUCUUUGUCCAACGCCAAAGAUGUGGCCCACUGGCUGGGCUGCAACACCACAGCCACGUUUAACUUCCACCCCAACGUCAGACCCGUACCGCUAGAGCUGCACAUCCAGGGUUUCAACGUAAGUCACACUCAGACUCGCCUGCUGUCCAUGGCUAAGCCCGUGUAUCACGCCAUCAUGAAGCACUCGCCUUCCAAACCGGUGGUCGUGUUCGUCCCAUCCCGCAGACAGACCCGCCUCACUGCCAUCGACAUCCUCACUUUCUGCGCUGCUGACGUGGUUCCUCAAAGGUUCUUGCAUUGCAAUGAGAAAGAUCUGGUUCCGUUCCUGGAGAAAAUAAAUGAUCCAACUCUGAAAGAGACUGUGGCCAACGGUGUGGGAUACCUGCAUGAAGGCCUGUCUGCAACCGAACGCAGAAUUGUGGAACAGCUCUUCAAUUCAGGUGCUGUUCAGGUGGUUGUAUCUUCACGCUCACUCUGCUGGGGCAUCAACAUCUCUGCACAUCUUGUCAUUGUCAUGGACACUCAGUACUACAAUGGAAAAAUCCACGCAUAUGUGGAUUAUCCCAUAUACGAUGUCCUCCAGAUGGUGGGCAAAGCAAACAGACCCAUGCUAGAUGACGAGGGCCGCUGCGUCAUCAUGUGUCAGGGCUCAAAGAAGGAUUUCUUCAAGAAGUUUCUGUACGAGCCACUGCCAGUGGAGUCUCACUUGGACCACUGUCUCCACGACCACUUCAACGCUGAGAUCGUUACCAAGACAGUGGAGAACAAGCAAGAUGCUGUGGAUUACCUGACAUGGACCUUCCUCUACCGGCGUAUGACCCAGAACCCCAACUACUACAACCUGCAAGGCAUGUCCCAUCGCCACCUGUCCGACCACCUGUCAGAGCUGGUGGAAAACACGUUACACGACCUGGAGCAAUCCAAAUGCAUCAGCAUCGAAGAUGAAAUGGAUGUGGCGCCGCUCAAUUUGGGCAUGAUCGCUGCCUACUACUACAUCAACUACACCACCAUUGAGUUGUUCAGCAUGUCCCUGAAUGCCAAAACCAAGAUACGUGGACUAAUUGAAAUCAUCUCCAAUGCUGCUGAGUAUAAGAACAUUCCCAUCAGGCACCAUGAGGAUGCUCUUCUGCGACAGCUGGCACAGCGAGUCCCACACAAACUAAACAACCCCAAGUUCAACGAUCCUCAUGUGAAGACGAACCUGCUGCUGCAAGCUCAUCUCUCCAGGAUGCAGCUGAGUGCUGAGCUCCAGUCAGACACCGAAGAGAUCCUGAGCAAGGCGAUCCGGCUGAUUCAGGCCUGCGUGGACGUGUUGUCCAGUAAUGGCUGGCUCAGUCCUGCGCUGGCUGCUAUGGAGCUGGCUCAGAUGGUCACGCAGGCCAUGUGGUCCAAGGACUCGUACCUGAAACAGCUUCCCUUCUUCACCUCAGAACACAUCAAGCGCUGCACAGAUAAGGGUGUGGAGAGCAUCUUUGACAUUAUGGAAAUGGAGGAUGAAGACAGAAGCGGUCUGCUACAGCUGUCGGAUGUCCAGAUGGCUGAUGUGGCUCGCUUCUGCAACCGCUACCCAAAUAUUGAGCUGUCAUAUGAAGUGGCAGAGAAGGAGAACAUUAAGAGUGGCAGUCCAGUCCUUGUCCAGGUCCAGUUGGAGCGAGAGGAGGAAGUGACUGGUCCAGUCAUUGCACCCUUAUUCCCUCAGAAACGUGAGGAGGGCUGGUGGGUGGUGAUCGGGGACCCCAAGUCCAAUAGCCUCAUCUCUAUCAAGAGGCUUACUCUUCAGCAAAAAGCAAAGGUUAAGCUGGACUUCGUUGCACCGGCGAUGGGCGUUCACAACUACACCCUGUACUUCAUGAGUGAUGCAUACAUGGGCUGUGACCAGGAGUACAAGUUCAGCGCGGAUGUAAAGGAGGCUGACAGCGAUGGAGACAGUGACUCAGACUAAGCAAGCACUUCAUCACUGACAACUUUAUCCUUUUUAUUUUAUACAUAGAGGGGAUCCGCAAUUUUUUUUUUGUUUUUUGACUUGUAGAUAUUGAACCCGAUUUACGUUUCUUGUCUUUGACUCUCACAAUCAUCUCUAUUCAUAUGAAAGUCCAUUGUCAGUUUAUUUUGUUGAGUUGUUUUAGUUUAUAUCACCCAAAUGAUCAACUCUGCUCCAGAAUUAUAAUGUACAGGAUGUUUGACAUUAAUAUAACACACAUGCAGGAGUCUGAGGCUACUAAAGCCACCAUCUUUAGUUUUGAGUGUGUGAAACUGUCAAUUUGUACUUCUGUGCCUGAAAUUUGAGAAUUGUGGCAUAAAAGUAAACAUUUCUUAAGUCUGUUUGAAUGCAAAGCUUGGGCAGUCUCAUUCCACAUUUGAACGCAGCAGAGGGACUGGAGUGUUAUAUUCUGGGGUUAAAAAUUUUAUGAUGAAUUUCCUGGAUUGGUUUAAAUGUUUUUAAUGUCUACCUUUUUCCAAUAAAAAGAAAAAUACACAAUUUUA